UCAGUCUUCCAUCUACACCCCUAAUUUCGAGUUUACUUUUCCAUUUCCAGAUUCUCUCUCUCUCUCUCUCUCUCUCUCUCUCUCUGCAGUUCCAUGACCCUCAUUUAACCAGGUGUUCUUGCCAAGGUCGUCUGAAAUUUACUGCUUUCAUGAAUUCUUGAGUGGAAUCAUUGAAGAUCGACGGGAAGGGUAGCUGGAGAAUCAAUGUCCGCGUGUGAAGAUAGGUGUUAAAGGUAUGUCGGUAGUCAUGAAGACUUGAAGUUUCGAUUCCCUCAAUCUGCUUUACCAUGUUGGGAAAGGGAUCCAAACUGGAUGAAUGUUUGCUGGAAGAAUUCCAAAGUUUUACCAACUGGGAUGAUGUCAUAUGUCCAAUAUGCUUGGACUUCCCUCACAACAGUGUUCUUCUACAGUGCUCGUCUUACGAUAAAGGAUGCCGGCCUUUUGUGUGUGAUACCGAUCAUUUACAUUCAAAUUGCCUGGAUCGCUUCAAAGAAGCAAACAUGAUGUCAGCUGGUUCACAAUCUCUACGGUUAUCGGAGAGUCAUGUAUGUACGGAAUCAGGAUCUAAUAGCAAGCCGCCCUGCCCCUUGUGCAGAGGUGAAGUUACUGGAUGGGUAAUUAUUGAUAGGGCUCGUAUGCAUUUAGAUGUAAUGAAUCGUUGUUGUGAAGAAGAAAAGUGUAAAUUUACUGGGACCUUUUUGGAGCUUCGAAAACAUGCACAAUUAGAGCAUCCUCAUGCCCGACCAUCAAAAAUUGAUCCUGCACGGAAGCUUGAUUGGGAGAAUUUCCAGCAAUCCUCUGAUAUCAUAGAUGUUUUGAGCACCAUUCAAUCUGAAGUUCCACAUGGGGUCGUCUUAGGUGAUUAUGUGAUUGAAUAUGGCGAUGAUAACUCUGGAGAUGAUUUUGAUGACUUCCAUGGGGAUGGGAGAAACUGGUGGACAUCUUGCAUAUUUUAUCAGGUGUUUAAAAACUUUAGGAAUUCUAGAAACAGAAGAAGGUCGAGAGUUAGUGAUUCCGGAAGAGGAAACCGCAGUUUGACUUAUGAUACUUCGCACUUGGAUGAGGGUUCAGCACCGUCUGUAGAAUAUACAGAUAAUAAUCCUUUUGAUGAUGAUGGAGUUAUUGCUCGAGGGUUGCGUAGGAGCAGAACUGAUAUGGUCAGCUCACGAAGGCGCCACAACCUCAACUUCAACAGCUAGAUAAAAUUGAUCCGGCGCAUCUUCUCCAUUCUUUUACAUCAGAGUAUUUCUGUAGCUGCAGAAUAGAAGAAAGCUCGUUCUCAAGUCAGCGAUCUAUGGGGAAAGCGAAAUGCUUGCCGGUCCCAUCAAUGACCUGUAAAAUUUUUACAUUGGUCUAAUCUUUUGCUAUUAUUUUUCGCCCGUUCCUUCUUUCUCUUUGUUAGGUUUUCAAUAACUGAGAUUUGUAUGGUCUUUGAAUUUAAUGUCAUCUGCUAUCGCCUUUCAUUGGCUUGAUCGCCUAUCGAAGUAGAUAUAGUAUAUGGUAUAUUGUUUAUUUGCCAUCAAAAGAUCAUUUUAGAGUUGUAUACUUGAUUCAAUGGAUUUUGAUUGUUGUGGAAUCCCUUCUAUUGUUCUUGUUGUAUUUCCAUGCGACCUCAUUUUACGAUGAAAUGCACUUAGACCUUGCUCGAA